CCAGCCUGUCAAGUUGCAGCGGCUUCCCCCAGCGUCUUCUUUUGCAAACAGAAAACCCCAAAAGAACCCCGGGUGAAUUUAGGGAUCUCCUCCUCCCAAUCGGUACAGAAGCCACCUCCGGGUUGGGGUGGUGGUUGGGGGGGGGCAGGCGGAGGGAAGGCGGGCAGGAGCCGCUCUGGGUCUUCCAGUGCCAAACGGUCUCGUCAUUCGGAGCUUGCCGGAUCUCUCGCCGGCCUUUCCAGGAGCGCCGCUGCCUCCGCGGAGCGCCAUCUGCACCGGGGGGAAGAAGGCAAAGGCAAGAAGGGAAAAGCCCAGCCGCGGCCGAGCGCCACAACUGCCCGGCAGGCGCGUCGGGGCGCCAAAGGCAGCGCAAGCCACCCAACCUGGGCGAUCAGUUGGCGGGGCGGAGAGCCCUUCCCUUGACUCGGGAAGGAAGCCCCCCCCCCAUCCCCCGCUCCGGGCUGGCUAUCCAUCCAUCCGGCAGCCUCCAAAGCUGGCGCGGCCGAAGGACAGCUUGGCCAGGUGGGACCCGAAGGUCACCGGAGUCCCCAAGUCGCACCUGUCUACUGAGCGACCUUCUUCUCCUCGAUUAGCGAAGCAGGAGAAGAAGAGGAGCGGGGAAGGGAAGAAGCGCCGGAGAGAGGCAGGGCUGCCUUGCCUUGCCGCCUUAAGAGCUCUCCUGCCCACCGCCGGCGUUUUGGGGGCGCUGGGAAGAAACCCUCCCCUCUUCCUUGGCCAUGUCACAAACUUCCCACAGGAUGCGGUCCAACAGGGCGGGGAUCCGAGCGGCUGUGGUGCUCAUAGGGCUGUUGCACAGGUCCAGAAAGCAAAAUAAAGAGAAAAGGAAACAGGAGGCCCUGAACAGCACAGAUGCGACGACUCCAGAGAGACCUCCAUCUCCACCCUUUACAGCCCCACCAAGCAUGAAGUCUGCAGAAUUCUUUGAAAUGCUUGAAAAAAUGCAGGGUCCAAAAUCAGAAGAACAGAAGAGUGGAGGCCACAAGGAGGACUAUAUCCCCUAUCCCAGCAUUGAUGAGAUUUUAGAAAAAGAGAGUCCCUACCCUUUAAUCAUCUUGCCUCAGUUUGGGGGCUACUGGAUCGAAGACCCCGAGAACCUCAGCACCCCCACUUCAUCCGAAAGCAGCAUCUGCGACGAAGAGGAGGAACCGCUCAGCCCCAGCACUUAUGGCUACAAAUUGGAGUGCAAAGGUGAAGCCAAGGCAUAUCGGAAACAUUUCUUAGGAAAGGAUCAUUUAAAUUUUUACUGCACGGCCAGCAGCCUGGGAAAUCUGAUCCUUUCCAUUAAAUGUGAAGAGGCAGAUGGAAAUGAAUAUCUACGGAUUAUUCUCAGGUCCAAAGCAAAAACGUUACAUGAAAGAAUCCCUUUGGCUGGACUCAGCAAGCUGCCGAACAUCCCACAGAUUGCAAAGGCCUUCUGCGAUGACGCCACGGGAUUAAAGUUUCAACCUGUGCUCUAUCCCAAGGCAUCACAACUGAUUGUAUCCUACGAUGAACAUGAACUUAACAACACAUUCAAGUUUGGGGUGAUUUACCAGAAGUUUAAACAAACACAGGAAGAAGAAUUGUUUGGGAACAAUGAAGAAAGCCCUGCCUUCAAAAACUUCUUGAACUUGUUGGGAGAAACCAUUACACUACAGGAUUUCAAAGGCUUUCGAGGUGGCCUGGAUGUGACUCAUGCCCAGACAGGCACAGAAUCUGUAUACACCGUGUUCAGGGACAGAGAGAUUAUGUUCCACGUUUCCACCAAGCUUCCCUUCACGGAGGGCGACACCCAGCAGCUUCAGCGGAAAAGACACAUUGGCAACGACAUCGUGGCUAUUAUAUUCCAAGAAGAAAACACUCCCUUUGUUCCGGAUAUGAUUGCUUCGAAUUUUCUGCACGCCUAUAUUGUCGUUCAGGCAGACAAUCCAGAAACGGAUAAUACGUCCUAUAAAGUAGCUGUCACAGCACGAGAAGAUGUCCCGUCUUUUGGUCCUUCACUGCCAAGCCCACCUGUAUUUCAAAAAAAUGCAGAAUUCCGAGAGUUUCUUCUCACAAAGCUGAUCAACGCAGAAAAUGCCUGCUGCAAAUCAGACAAGUUUGCCAAGCUUGAGGAUCGGACACGGGCUGCCUUGUUGGACAACUUACACGAUGAACUCCACAUCCACACGCAGCUGAUGCUGGGCCUAGGAUCCGAGGAAGACAAGCUGGAGAAUGGUGGGCAUGGCGGAUUCUUGGAAUCAUUUAAGAGAGCGAUCCGUGUCCGCAGCCACUCCAUGGAGACCAUGGUUGGAAGCCAAAAGAAGCACCAGCCUGGAGGAAUCCCUGGGAGCUUGAGUGGCGGGAUUGUGCACAACAGUGUUGAAAUAACCAAGACCACCUUCUCUCCUCCGUUAGCAGCAGCAACAGCCAAGAAUCAAUCGAGGAGUCCUAUAAAGAGACGAUCGGGCUUAUUCCCCCGUCUGCACACCGGAUCCGAAAGCCAAGCAGAACCCCGGAGCCGAUGUGACAGUGGCUCAGGAACACCCAAGACCCCCGAUGGAGGGCAUACCUCCCUUGAUAUGAAGUCAGAAGCUUCCUCGAACCCAAGCUCUCCAGAAAUCUGCCCCAACAAAGAGAGGCCUUUCAUUAAACUCAAAGAGAAUGGAAAGGCAAAUAUUUCCCGUUCGUCCUCAAGCACCAGCAGUUUCAGCAGCACUGCAGGAGAGAGUGAAAAUAUGGAAGAAUACGAAAGCCUGGGCAGCCAGUCCUCAACUGCAUCACCCUAUAAGCAAGACGUAUUUGUUUACAGUCCUUCCCAAAGCAUCGAGAAUCCAAAUUUAGCAUCGGCCUCAACCCCCGUUAUCAUGAGCCGGAGCCCCACUGCAGAUAUAAAAAGCAGAAAUUCUCCCAGAUCAAAUCUAAAAUUUCGCUUUGAUAAACUUAGCCAUGCAAGCUCUGGACCGACACAUUAGCUGAAGAAUGAACCCCCUAAGGACCUGUAAAAGGACAUUUUUUUGUUGUGUUUGUCUCAUUUUAAGCAGGGUGGGAGGGAGGACUGUUUGUUUCAAAUGAGACCACCCCUCCACCACACCAAGCUCCGUAGCCACCUAUGGAUUGCCCUUCAUCCGAGCAGAUCAUUCCAAAAAACCAGGAAAGAAGCAAUCUCUUCCGUGACCAUCAUCCAUGCUUUUUCCCUCUGGACUGGAAGGAUUUCCCACGGAGGACCCAAAUUGUGCACCACAUACUGUAGACCUGAAUAGGCUUCUGUCUGUUUUCACUCGGUCGAAUCCACGGAUUGGUAACGUUGUGCGUAGCUGUUGAGCUUGAGAUCCUCAGUGCUGCUUUUGGAGUAAAUCUUUAGAUGUCAGAAAUAAUAAUAUCAACAGCUGCCCAUCUCAGGUCCCUGGGAAGGACUCAAUAGAUGGAUAAAAAUGCCAAAUCCAGUCUGAACAUCUGGCUGAUGUGCAACAUACCAUAAUAACAACCCCACCGU